UCCUGAAUUGCAUCUCGAUACUUACAGUAGUAAGUUUGAGUAGUAAGUUGAAUUGUUAUUUUAUAUUUUUUUUUUAAUUUUACGAGUAACGAUGCGUUUAAAUUGGCGCGCGCUGAUCAUCAGACGGCUGAUGCAUCAGCUGAUAUCCUCCCCUCUCCCGCACCUGAAGCGCGAUACGUCAUGCGCGCGCGUUGCCUCUGUUGUCCCUCGUCAAUAACGAGUAGUAAUCGCGGCGGGCAGUGACUUUCGUCGUCGUCGUCGUGCAUGACAGCGGACAUGGCGACGUCGGCGGGUUUCCUUGUAUAAUACGAGCUUGAGAUCAGUAACGUUGAUUAUUAAUCAUCUCUUAUCACCUGCCGUUGCCGCGAGUUGACAAUUAACGCGGCGAAUGAAACGAGCUUGGUUGCAGAAAUCUUCGCUCGAAAAAUAUUCCACGAUGUCGCGUCGAGUUUCAAAUUAACCUGCCUGUCUGCCUGCCUGUCCGUCCGAUAAAUUUUCAGUGGCAGCGAUGGACGCGGACGAAAUCAUGUGCAGAAUCUUCGGCGCGAGCCUCGUCGAGUUCCGUGUCGCUAGCGCUAAAGCCAAUGAAGAUCAUCCUGGACAAUCGAGAUUAGUACAGGAUUUGACUUGCAUAAAUGAGUACAUAAGAAGAUCCUUAUUGAAUAUAUACAUUGACACUCAAAAUUCUGAGGAUAACAGAGAGGGUUGUAUUGGUCCCCAUAUUGUUAGAUUUGAUAUAUCUAUGCACCAUGGUCUUUGUAUCGUCUCCCCUGACAGAUUGAGUGUCAAUUCACAGAGUAGUUUCAGUACAAUGCGUGCUAAUACAGGAGUGUUCAAAGGAAAAUGGAUGUAUGAGGUACAACUAGGAUCCAAAGGAGUGAUGCAAGUUGGAUGGGGAACUGCUCAAUGUAAAUUUAAUCAACAAUAUGGCGUUGGGGAUACUCCAAACUCGUACGCUUACGAUGGAAAUCGUGUAAGAAAAUGGAAUGUAACCACGCACAAAUAUGGCGAAUCCUGGUUGACAGGUGACAUUAUUGGCUGUGCGCUGGACAUGGAUGACGGAACGAUAGAUUUCUAUAGAAACGGCAAAAGUCUAGGCAAAGCGUUCGAGAAUAUAUCGAUGGGCGCCGGAAUCGCAUAUUUUCCUACCGUUAGCUUAGCCUUUACCGAAAACUUGACAGCCAAUUUCGGCUCCAUACCAUUUAGAUAUCCCGUAGAGGAUUACGAACCAUUGCAAGCACCACCGACGACGCAAGUUCGCCAAGCCGUACUUCUUUUUCAAUGGCUCUCGCAAGUGAUCGAAUUGUUUGAAUAUUCUAAAAACAAAUCUGACAAGCAAAACAUUUUAUUGGAAGAUAAAAUUUUGAGCUCUCGAGGAUUUCUCAUGUGUCUGGCGAGAUCUAUUUUGAAACACAUUGGCCCAUUGCUUACUGUUCCAUACGUCACAGAUGCGGUUUUCGUACCGUUCAUGCGGACACUUUGCAACAUAAGCACAGAUGAUGUUACGACAAAGUCCAUGUUCUCGAAUAGUCAUAGCACGCGACCGAUUAUCUGCCUGGAUCUUUUAUGGGCGUUUUUGGAGGAGCAUGAGAUUAAGAUGUGCCUAGAGAGUACGGUGCUUCAUUUAUUGUCCGCCUUUCGACAUGUUUCUCUAUUGCUCGAAUAUCCAGACCAAUGUAAAAGUUUGAUGCUGCUGACGAAGAUUUGCCAGCACACCGUUACGCGGCAACAUUUGCUACAAUAUGUGCUAUUCGAUCGCGUGCGUUUCGCCAAUUUCGUGCACGUAAAACCACUGGAUGAAGGUGGACUCACGGACGUGGUGGAGAAGGUCUGGUGGGAAACGAAUCCCUUGGAUCCAUCGAUCGAGAUGAACAAAACCAAUUACUUAUACGCCUGUGAGCGCAUCAAAACUGCCAUAUCCGAGGUAGAAGCGUUACAAGUCGAGUUACUAGUCACCCUGUUAAAUAAUAACGACGGAACGCCUAAAAGACCGGCAUCAAGGACUAUAUUUUUAAGGAAAUUCAAACGUUUCGUUCAAGAAAACUUGAUAUCCAGUCGUACACCCUUGCCGAUCACAUUAUGUUGCUUCCAUCGACUUCUGGUUGCAUUCAGAAUUUUAUGGGACACUGAAAUUGGAACAAGCCCAGUCUAUAUACCCUGCAGGGCGUUCUACGAUGCAUCGAUCAAUUACUCUGGAAUCGACAGACUUGGCGGCGUAAUAACCCACUUAAACAAGACAUUCAAGAACGAAUUGCUACGCCUCCUAGGUCCGAAUCAUGAGGUAAUCCUUGCUAUGGAACAACAGCAGCAACAGCAACAGAGUGCUACGACGACAACUAUGCACGAAGCGUCGAAUAACGCAUAUACCACCGCCGUGGUCGCCAGCGGCGUGAGGCCACUGGCUGAUUUGCCUGUGGCUAUACCGGCGGCUAUUUUCCCGCGCCUAAUGAACAUCAAUCCGCCGGCGGCGGGUAAUCAAGGUAGUUCAAUGAUAUUGGAAAGAUUCGGAUUCUUUACACAUACUAGAGAAGACAGGACUCCAAUACGUCACGGUCCCGCAGAUCCGGCGACCUCGUUGAUGGAAUUAUUAGACGGUAUUAUCCUAUUCUAUCAUGUAGCGGCGAAGAAGCAGUUGGCCAAGGUGGCUAGUCUACGCGACAGUAUGUCCGCGUAUGUUAACGCGAUCGCUGACACCAAGGCAAGACUCAAGUACGUUGAGCGAGAAACGUCUCCACAGACAAAAGAUCUUGAUGCAGAAGCGAUUCAGCGAGAAUUGCUCCGCACGACAGAUAUUUUCAAUAAGAAACUCUCGGAGCAAGGGAGACAUAUGGCGUGGAUCAGGGCUGCCGUAUACUCGGCGGAAAAGCAAGCGCAAUUGGCUUGGCUGCUUAAAGUAGUCACGUUGACCUUGCAAACUGCCAGUCAGCAGGGGUGCAUGUUCAGUUUCGUGCCCGAUUUUUAUCUGGAGACACUCUCUGAUCUGUGCGUCAGCCUGCGCGCUCAUAUGCAUCCCACCGCGCCGAUCGAGGACAUCCCGGAUUAUCGAGAGAUGUUGCGCAACGCCGCCGAAUUUCUGUGCGAUCACUUCCUCGAUCCACGCAUAGUGCACGCCAACUCCAAGGACGUACUGAUACUCACGCUCGCGGGCUUCGUAUCGAAUCCAUUGACGUUGGAAGCGUUGGAAAACGUACCGCGCGAAAGCAGAAUAAAGGUCAUCACGAAUCUACUCAAGCCUUAUGAGAAUAGAGCGUGGGCGCAGUCCAACUGGGUUCUGGUCAGAUUCUGGCAGGGCAACGGUUUCGCUUUCCGAUAUGACAAGAGUCCGCAUCUUUCGAAGAAGGUCGGCCCAAAACUGUUGCAGCAGGAAUCUAUUUCUCAGCCAAUAAAACCAUGUCCAUCGGCGGUAUAUCAAGCACAUGUGAGAGAUAUAUUAUUGGGAAAUUCUCAGGCUACCACGCAGUUCUUGAACUCGCUAUUGAAUCAAUUAAAUUGGGCAUUUUCCGAGUUCAUCGGUAUGGUGCAAGAGAUUCACAACGUGUCAUCGAGGCCGGAGCGAGUAUUUAUCGAAUCGAGACAAUUGAAAAUCUGUGCCACUUGCUUCGAUUUAGCGAUUUCAUUGCUCCGAGUGUUGGAGAUGAUCUCUACGGUGGCUCCGGGUGUUUUUAGCGAUCCCACACAGUCUUCCAGCGAGACUUUAUUAGCCAGAUUAUGUCAAUUACUCUGUCAAGUGUUGAACAGAAUGAGUUCGCAGACGAGUUGUUUUCAGCACGUAGUGCUAUUGGAGAUACCAGAUUUAGAAUCUGUAGAUCAUUUUCCUAUAUUAGCUGCCGUUAUCGGUAUUCUACUGGCUCUCCUCGAAAAAGAAAUGAAAGAUUUUGCAGCGAAACCGACGAUUGAAGUGCCUAGAAUCACGCGAAGUUUAUUGACAGAGCCGAGCUUCCAGAUCAGUUCUCUAUAUUUUGUUUUGGGUGAUACAAAGUUGAAAAAUACAAAAACGAAAAAUGUAAAACCAUUCUCAUUAUUAAAUUAUCAGGAAGAUGUGACGGCGGAGGAAAUUAGUCGAAUAACAGAAAUGAUAAAGUAUCUCGAUACUUGUCGCACGCUCUUACCCGAUACCAAACUGAUAAGCGACGACGAUGACACUUGUACGAUUUGCUACGCGUUUCCGAUCGCCGCUACGUUCAAACCGUGCAAUCAUCAAACCUGUCGUACCUGCAUAGAUCGUCAUCUGCUCAAUACGAGGGAGUGUUUCUUUUGCAAAGCGACCAUAGAUAAAGUCGAAGAUCUAAGCGGGAAUACGUUGCACGAUUUCAUUAGCGAAUUCGCAGUAUCGAGAGUGACUUCUUGAUCCAGUGAUAAAGAUCAUCAUGGACAGGUUGCAUAUAUUGUAUUAAAGUCCGCUAAUCCUGCAAUAUACAUACUCGUCGUAUCGAGUAUUCAUAAAACUAUCGUAAUUUUUAUCAUGCUGAGAAAUUCUGUAAAAAUUAGAAAAUCAAAUGACAGAAAGAGAGAUUAUAUAAAGUAUUCAAGAUUCUUUAUUCAUAUAUAUUCACAAAUAUAUUAUAUCC